AAGAACAAUUGCAGGGUAAGAAGGUUGGAGACAUGUCGUCGGUGUCUUUGAACAAAAUGAAUAGUUCUAGAAGCAGCUCUAGUCAAUCAAAACCUGGGAUUCGUGUAUUUUCGCAGACACCCAUUGAUGCGAAGCUUGACAUAGACUUCCAAGAAUCUGAACGGCGUUUUGAUUACUCUGCUUCAGUUGACUGCAAUAAAUCAUCUUCCACUAACAAUGUCCCCUCCAGCAAUGUAUGCUAUCUCCGAAAUAUGCAGCGAGGAAGCCUUAUUCAACCAUUUGGUUGCUUGAUUGCUGUUGAUGAGAAAAACUUAACUGUUCUUGCCUACAGUGUAAAUGCCCCGGAAAUGUUGGACUUGGCCCCUCAUGCGGUUUCAAUUAUUGAGCAGCAAGAAGCUUUGACUUUUGGAGCGGAUGUGCGGACACUCUUUCGGUCCUCAGGUGCUGCUGCGUUGCAGAAAGUAGCCCAGUUUGGGGAAGUUAAUCUUCUCAAUUCCAUAUUGGUGCAUUCUAGAACCUCUGGUAAGCCCUUUUAUGCAAUUCUACAUGGAGUUGAUUUUGGCUUAGUAAUAGAUUUGGAACCACUAAGUCCAUCUGAUGUUCCAGUGACUGCUGCGGGAGCAUUGAAAUCUUAUAAGCUUCCAGCCAAAGCCAUCUCAAACUUGCAGUCUUUGCCAAGGGGGAAUUUAUCAUUGUUAUGUGAUUUUACAGUUAAGGAAGUUAGUGAUUUGACAGGUUAUGAUCGCAUAAUGGUGUAUAAAUUUCAUGAAGAUGAACACGGGGAAGUUAUCGCUGAGUGCCAUAGACCUGACCUGGAACCUUAUCUGGGUUUGCAUUUCCCAGCCACUGAUGUACCACAGGCUUCUAGAUUCUUAUUUAUGAGGAACAAGGUUAGGAUGAUAUGUGAUUGUUAAGCUGCUACAGUUAGAGUGAUCCAGGAAAAGAAAUUAGCUCAACCAUUGAGUCUUUGUGGAUCAACAUUGAGAUUUCCUCUUGGUUCUCAUGCACAGUAUAUGGAAAGUAUGGGUUCCAUUGCAUCUCUUGUGAUGUUUGUUACAAUCAAGGACAAUGUUUAUGAGAUGGACAGUGAUCAGCGGAAGGGAAGAAGAAAAUGAUGGGGCUUAGUGGUUUGCCAUCACACAAGCCAAUUUGUUCCAUUCCCUUUGAGAUAUACCUGUGAGUUCUUGAUACAAGUUUUUGGUGUACAGAUCAGCAAAGAAGUGGAGCUGGCUUCUCAGUCGAGGGAGAAACAUAUAUUAAAAACACAGACUCUGCUUUGUGACAUGCUCAUGAGGGAUUCCCCUGUAGGGAUUGUUACUCAAUCGCCAAAUGUGAUGGAUCUUGUUAAGUGUGAUGGAGCUGCAUUAUAUUACAGGAAGAAAUUAUGGUUACUUGGGGUUAGCCCGACAGAGGCACAAAUUGAGGAUAUUGCUGAAUGGCUUCUCAAUUACCAUAGUGGGAGCACAUGCUUAAGUACUGAUAGCCUUAUGGAAGCUGGUUAUCUUGGUGCUUCAGCUCUUGGCAAUGAAGUUUGCGCAGUGGCUGCCAUUUAGAUUACCUCAAAGGAUUUUCUGUUUUAGUUUCGGUCCCACACCGCAAAGGAAAUCAAAUGGGGUGGAGCAAAACAUGAUCCUGAUGACAAGGAUGAUGGAAGAAAAAUGCAUCCAAGGUCAUCAUUCAAGGCUUUUCUGGAGGUGGUUAAGUGGCGAAGCGUACCUCGGGAAGAUAUUGAAAUGGAUGUCAUCCAUUCUUUACAGCUGAUACUGAGAGUAUCAUUACCAGACAAGCCUGUGGAUGAUUCCAAAGUGAUUGUGAAGGCUCCAUCGGUUGAUGAUAGGAUACAGAGAGUGGAUGAACUGUGCAUUGUCACAAAUGAAAUGGUUCGACUUAUUGAGUCAGCUGUAGUUCCCAUUUUUGCUGUUGAUGCCUCUGGUACUAUAAAUGGGUGGAAUAUGAAAGCAUCUGAAUUAACAGGAUUAGCUGCUGAGCAAGCUAUUGGUAUGCCAUUAGUUGAUAUUGAUGGAGAUGAUUCUAUUGAAGUGGUGAAGGACGUGCUCUCAUUCGCAUUGCAAGGUGUACAGAAGAAAAAUAUUGAAUUCAAACUGAAAACAUUUGGUAAGCAAGAAAAUAACAGUUUUGUAAUCUUGGUGGUUGAUUCAUGUUGUAGCCGAGACAUCAAGGAAAAUGUAGUUGGGGUUUGUUUUGUAUGCCAAGAUUUUACCAGGGAAAACCCAGGACAAACCAAAAGCUCUGCCCUCCCCUCUAUCUGUGAUUAUGUUGGAAUUGUUCGGAGCCCAUCUGCACUGAUUCCUCCAAUAUUUUUGACUGAUGAGAAUAUUCGUUGCUUGGAGUGGAACGAUGCUAUGCAAAACUUGUCCGGUUUGAGAAGGGAAGAAGCAGUUGGUCGGAUGCUCAUUGGGGAAGUUUUCACAGUGAAAAAUUUUGGUUGUCGUGUUAAAGGUCAUGAACAUGAUACAUUGACGAAGCUUAAUAUUCUACUAAAUGGGGUAAUAAUAGGCGAGGAAGUUUGUAAAUUGCUUUUUGGGUUUUAUAAUCAGCAGGAUAAUUAUGUCAAAGCAUUACUUUCUGCCAACAAACGAAUUGAUAGAGUGGGAAGGAUAACUGGGGUUUUGUGCUUUUUACAUGUGACUAGUCCAGAACUUAUGUAUGCUAUGCAGAUGCAGAGAGCAUCAAAGCAGGCUGCAGCUGAUAGUAUUAAGAAACUGGUGUACGUUUGUCAAGAAAUCAAAAGGCCUCCAAGUGGGAUUAUGCUUAUGCAUAAUCUGAUGAGGUCUUCUGAUGUAAAUGAGGAGCAGAAGCGGUUACUGAGAAGAUUGUGUCAGGACCAAUUGGCCAAGAUUGUUGAUGACACUGAUCUCGAAGGUAUUAAGGAAUGCUACAUGGAAAUAAAUUCUAUUGAGUUUAACCUCGGGGAAACUGUGGAGGUUGUCGUAAAUCAAGUUAUGAUUUUGAGUCAGGAGCGGCAAAUGGAGGUCAUCCAUGAUUCACCAGCCGAGGUGGCAUCCAUGCUCUUGUACGGAGACAAUUUAAGGCUACAACAAGUCCUGUCUGAUUUCUUGACGAACUCACUCCUCUUCACCCCUGCAUCCGAAGGAUCGUCCAUUGUUUUCAGACUGAGUCCAAAGAAGGAACGUAUAGGCAUGACAAUGCACAUUGUUCAUCUUGAGUUUGGUAUCACUCACAUAGCCUGGGGAAUUCCAGACGAUAUAAUUCAAGAGAUGUUUCACAGUAGCCAUCGCGUCUCAAAGGAAGGGCUAGGCCUACAAAUGAGCCAAAAUCUGGUGAAGAUCAUGAAUGGCACUGUACGGUAUCAGAGAGAAGCAGGGAGAGCAUACUUUAUAAUGCUCAUAGAAUUUCCGCUGGUUCACCAGAUUGGCAGAUGAACCUUCUGGUCUGUGUAUGUUACACGCAGAGAGGCAACACUGCCCCUGCAGUCGUCUAAUGCUUAAACCGGAGUGGCAUGUCCAUAAUUAAAAGUCUAUAUCAGUCACUGUCGGACCAACAAUUGUUCAGUGGCUGGAGGAUACUAAUUUUUUCACUGGCAAGCUAGGUAAGCUGCAAUAUUAAUUAGAGAUUUUAGAGUAAGUAGAAACGUUCGCUUCAAGGUAGACACCAAGAUUUUUGAAGCAAAUACGGAUCAAGUUCACCGGAAGACUUACCAGGAUCAAUCUCUUUGGUCAUCGCACUUGCAUCAUCGUCAUUCUUUAUUAAAGGUUUUCGUGUUCCCUCUCUCUCUAGCCUGCACACAACAUCAAGUCAAGAUUUGGAGGCGUAGUUUGGGAUGUUUGAAUUGGUGAGGUGAAGGCAGUUUGAUGCUUGGAACUUAAGUUAAUUUAAGGUGUAUAUGCCAACCCCUUUGUAAAAGAGAGAUUCUUGUGAGCUUGAUGAAAUUGAACCAUGCAAAUAUGGUCUACAUAGUUCAAAUUCAACCAAGUUUUAUGUUGUGGCCUGAAAGUUGGACCCCCCGUUGACAUACUUGCACCAAGACAAGAACUUCUCCCACACAAUGUUCAUAUCUUCGACCGGAACCCUUUUGAGUUUCCGGCAUUAACAUGUGGACGAAGAAGCUCAUGAAAAAUCUAAACAAUCAGUCACUUUAUUGU